AUGGCUAGCUCGAUCUCCUGGGUCCUGCUACUCGCAUCGGCCCUGCUAGCCGCAACCGCCUACAUUGGCCGCGACGCCGGACACGCGGCCGGAAACGUCGCCACCACGCACCUCCACUUCUACAUGCACGACGCCUACGACGGCCCGUUUCCCACGGCCGCGCUCGUCGUCACGGGAAGAGCGCCGCUCUCAUUCCCGCCUGACGCUAACGACGCCGGUGAGGCAACGCCACCCUCCGCCCACAGUCGCAGGUUCGGCGACAUCGCCGUGAUGAACAACGCGCUCACGGAGGGACCCGAGCGCGGCAGCGCGCGCGUCGGCACGGCACAGGGGUUCACCGUGCGCGUCGCGGAGCACGGCGCCGUGAACGACCUGAGCCUGUACCUGGUUUUCCAGGCCGGCGAGUACGCGGGCAGCUCGCUGUCGGUGAAGGGCAGGGUAGAUACCGACACCGGGGUGCGCGAGUCGGUGGUCAUCGGCGGCACCGGCCGCUUCCGGUUCGCCAGGGGCUACGCGCUCAGCAGGAGCUACGACUACGACUUGGCCAAUGGAGGCGUCGUGGAGAUCGACGUGUACGUUCAGCUGCCACGACUUUAACCAUCUGUUUCUGUCUGUGUUCGCCGCAUGACGUCGAGUGUGCAUACUGAAUUUGAAACGAUGUCAUUCCAGGAAAUAAAUACUGUACACAUAAUUCGCUAUGUGGUCGCUACUCACUAGCUGGCCGACUUCGGCAGCGAUUAGUGAGGUGUCUGCGCCUACAGAUCGGCGAGGUCCCGAUCUGCUCCCUAUUUGAUGCAGAUACAACCAUUCCAACUAGAUCGACCAUAUAUAGAAGGAAAUGGAUUGCUGGGCAGCUGGCAAAUAAAGACCACCUUUUGUAUUGUGCUCCGAAUUAGCACGCAUACAUAUGUAAUCUAUGUGUUCUUAUGAAGAAGUACCACAAAGCGUUGCUACGGUCAUAUUUGACAUAUUUUUUAGGCCAUGCAUCGAGAA